AUGGCUCGAUUCCUCUUGCAGCUGGUGCCGUGGCUCUGCCUGGGAACGCCUGCAGUCGGACGGCUGGCCGAGGUCGUAACGGACUUCGGCCUCGUGGACGAGGACGGGCGGGACGUUCUCUCGGAGGCGGCUGCGCGCGUCGUGCCAGGCGAGAGGUACCGUCCCUCGGGCAGCGUGCUGGUGCUCGGCUUCCGGUUGCACAACAGGACCUUCAAGUACAAGCUGUACCGCAAGGCGAGCUCGCACUCUGGUGGCAAGGUCGUGGUGUACGGCGAGGGCGGAAAGGAAACGGAGCGUGCCCUCGGCCAGCCCGUCGUUUUCAGGAGCCCCGGCCGCGACGCGAUGCUGACCACGGUGGGACAGAGCUUCACGGGUACCGUGCUGGUGGGAUCCACUACUUUCGAUAUUCGGCAUCGGCACGGCAGCGCCGCCCUCGAGGUGACGCGCUUCGACCCCACUGAUGCCAAGCCGUCCGCCGACUUUGGCAUCGGCAGCCUGCGUCCGAACAGCUCGCUGGAGGAGCCCGCCGUGGACAGGCGCUUGUCGGCUAGUCUGAAUGCGCUGAACCCUGGUGCGAUCACCCAGUGGGAAAACUGCUAUCCUGGACAGGAGACCAUGCGCACUUUCAAGUUCGGUGCAGUGAUCGCGUCCAACGUCUGGAUAGCGGAGAAUUUCCAGAGCGACCUAGAGGCAGAGGAUUGGAUCCACGCCAUGGUCGAAAAUGCGAAUAUGGCAUACGAGCCCCAGUUAAACAUAAAUCUGCAGUUGGGGAGUCUCGUCAUACAGACGACCCACGAUGGUGCCCCGGGCUGGGACCAAGGCCCAUCGUGUCCGAUGGACCUUAAUGCUCAGUUGUGGCAGAUGGUGUUAUGGGAGCCUACUGCUCCGGACACCACCAUGGGCGUGUGGCACAUUUUCGACGACUGCUAUCAGCAGGCGUACAACGGUGGAGAAGGCCUCAUCGGCCUGGCGUACAUCGGGGUGUUGUGUUAUGAUUGGGGAUACAAUGUAGGAGCCAAUUGGCUGAGCCACGCCCCUUAUGGAAACCCAACGUGGCAUAUAUUUGCGCAUGAGAUGGGUCACAACUUCGGAGCCCAACACUCGUUCGAACAAGGCCAGGGAAAGACGGGCGGCAUCAUGGACUAUGGUGACGGAAGUUUAAACGGCGUAUAUCAAUUCAACCCCCUCCGCUUUAAUGACAUCUGCACUCAGCUCACUAGCCAAGUCAACACUUGUUCGGGCUUCUCGACUUUCCAGGCCGUUUGCGGCAACGGCAUCACGGAGCCGGGUGAGACUUGCGAGUGCAGCGACAGGUCGCAGGCUUGCUCGGGAUGCUGCGGCUGCCAGGUGCGAGCCGGUGGACUCGGGCCGCCGAUGCAGUGCUCGUAUGGCGCCAUCGGCCAUGGUGGUUGCUGCAACGCGGCGGGCAUGUUUGAGGAGGUGGGCUCCCCGUGCACCCUGGCCGAAUCAGACGGCUACUGCAACGAGGGCGUGUGCGUCACCACUCACGUCUGCGCAAAGAGUAGCAUGUUUCACAGCUUCUGCGGGCUCGAGGCGGACGGCUGCAAGAUCAAGUGCACCCAGGCUGGAGAUGACACAUGCCUCAGUCUGAACAGCUGGCUAGCGAAUGGCCAUCCCAUCAACAAUGUCCCCGACGGAACGCCCUGCCAGGGGAGCGGCGUUGGUGGCACUUGCAGCGCUGGCGUUUGCACGUACCCCGAGGCGGCGCCUGUCACAGGCGAUGUGACGACGGGCACACCAUCAGAACCCGACCCUCACUCAACAGCUUCGAACUUCAGCGGAUGCGUGGGCUUUGUCGACCGUGGCUUCCUCGGCCACGCAGACGUGGCAGUUUACUUGACGGGGAAAUCCCUGACUGAGUGCAACACGGAAUGCGCGAGCGCGGGGGAGUGCCACACCUUCGUUCACAGGUCGGACACAGGCUUCUGCGAGCUGUGGUCCAAGAAUUAUUUUGUAGAGGACUUGGCGGUGGUACCUGGCUACGAUACUUACAUGUGCGAUGCUUACGCUGCCGGCUUCGGGUUCCUUGACGCCGAGCGCUUCGAGAACGCUGACGUGGGCAUCGCCAAGCUGACUGUCCCCGCCCGUGAGCGCAGCGCAGAUAGCGGACACACCUCAAGCACUUGUUACAAGACGUGCAAAACAGACCCUGGCUGCCACACGUUCGUCUUCGUUGAAGGGACUGGCAGUUGCCAACUUUAUUCUUCUGAGAUAUCUGGACACCACCUGGUGUACAAGAACGCCAGCGAGGGCUACAACGCGUACACCAUGCACUGCCACGGCCGCGGCAAGAUUUGCCCAUGCCGUGACGAUCCAGACGGUACCUGGAAGGUUCGUGUGCCGUGCCAGUGCGAUGCGGCCGCCAGCCCUUUCGGGAACGAGUGUGGCAUCAACAAGUAUUGCUACGACGGAACGUGCGCCGACUCGCCGAAGCGUCGGCUUUCAACCUUCUGCACGCCAACUCCCGCCCCUCCCACCCCAGCGACUGCCGCGCCGCAGCCAACGCCUUCACCGACCACCGCACCGACUGCCGUACCGACUGGAUCGCCGACCACCGCACCGACUCCAGCACCGACUAGCUCGCCGACUCAUGCACCGACCGGUUCGCCAACUCCCGCACCGACAGCUGCACCGACAGUUGCACCGACAGCUGCACCGACCGCCUCGCCGACCGCUGCACCGACGCCGCCGUCCCCGCCGGGCGGACCUGCACCGACCAGCGCGCCGACUCCCGUGCCGACCAGCUCGCCGACUCCUUCUCCGACCGCCUCGCCGACCGUUGCACCGACACCGUCUCCGCCAGCUGGACCUGCACCGACACCCUCACCGCCAGCGACAUGGACUAGCACUACUCUCACAGCGACCACAAAGACGCUGAAGUACGGGGUGCGUGUAGAGAUGACUUUCCAGAGCAACGGCACUUCAGAUGACGUGGAGUCUUCGGUUUCUUCUUUCGUAGCCUGUAAGCACAACGUUUCCGACGUCAGCGUUACCGCCACUGUUUCUGGCGGCCGCACCAUCUCCCAGUGGCAUGUGGAGUACGAGCUUUUUUUGACGAGCGACUCGGAAGCAUCUUACCACCUUGGGAUUGCCCAGCAGCUCGCCGUAAACGUGGAAGGCACCCGCACUGACCUCGCCCAGAACUUCGCUAAUUCAGGGCUGACGAUGGUAGCAGCGGGCUUUACGAUCACCGCGCCAGAUGAGGUGCAGGUGUACCCAUUAUGCUACAACGUAGACGUUGGCCUGAAAGACCCAUUCGAAGAUGGCUGUGAUACGUACCAGCGCAACCCGCACUUCUGCGGGCUGUACGACGAUGCCGAUUUCAGGUCUAGCGAUCUGUGCUGCGCCUGUGGAGGUGGCGACGACGCGGCGCCAGACUGGACAGCCGCCACUGAGGAACCCAUACUUCCUCCCGAUCCUGGAUGCAUCGACACCGACCUCACCGAGAAAGACAGCACUGGGGACAACUGCUCCGUCUACGGUAUGGACCCGGUGCACUUCUGCGGCGAGUUCGACGACGACGACUUCAGCUCCAUGGCGAUGUGCUGCGCCUGCCAUCCGUACGCUCCCCCGACUCCCAGCCCAACCGGGGCAGCUGUGGGUCCCACACCCGUCCCCACGUCGUCCCCGACGGUCAUGCCCACACCGGCGCCCGUCGACGUGAUCGACGGAGCCAGUUUGCACGGGCUCUCCGCGGUGUGCUUCCUCGUGGCUGGCUCGGUCUGCGCGCUGAGCGGGUUGGUCCAGUGA